UGUUCAGUUGGGUUUCCAUUGCCUAGGCAGCAGGUACAGGCGUGCCCAAUGAGAGGAGAGUGGGCGGGGUAAUAUGAGCUGAUCGGUAUGGCCUGAUGUGCUUGGCUCCUGUCUGAGUCUAAGGAAAUCAAAAGAGGUGGAGAGCGGUAUGCUGACAGCAAUGUGUUGAUUCUGUUGCCGGCUUUCAAAAACGAAGGAGAGCUUUGUUUGACUCUCCAUGGAGCAUUUUAGAGGAGAAGAAGGUAUAUGACAUUCCUGGGGCUUCUCCAGAGAUAAUGGAUUUAAUCAUACAAUAUGCUUAUACCAGGACUGUACCCAUCACCAUUGAAAAUGUGGAGCAACUUCUGGCUGCAGCAGAUCAAUUCCAUGUAUUAGGCCUUGUGAGGAUGUGUUGUGAGUUUCUGGAGUCUUAUCUCUGCAUAGAAAACUGUAUUGGAAUUUGGAAGUUUGCAGACUUCUACUUCUGCUCUGAACUGAAACACAAGGCCUACCUCUUCAUUCUUCACAACUUUGAGGAGAUGGUAAAAAUAUCUGAAGAGCUUCUGCAGCUCUCAGCUUUUGAAUUUGGAAAAAUAAUUGAGGAAGAUGAACUGAAUGUGAAAAAUGAGGAUGUGGUCUUCAAAGCCAUCUUGAAAUGGAUUUCUCAUGACCCACAUGACAGAAAGAAAUAUAUUCCAAUUUUACUUCUCAAGGUAAGACUGGCACUAAUGAAUGCUGAUUACUUCGUUGAGAAUGUCAGAAAUAAUUACUAUGUGAAAGACAAUGAUGAAUGCAAGCCUAUCAUCAGAAAAACCCUUGAAAUUAUGUAUGACCUGAAACUGAGUAGACCUCUGGAUGAAGAAUUCAGGAAUCUGCUAACUAGGCCCCGACUUCCAUGUACAGUCCUUUUUGCUAUUGGUGGAUGCAAUGGAGAAAGCCCGACGAAUGUCAUAGAAGUAUAUGAUGCUCGUGCUGACAUGUGGAUGGAUGUCACAUGUGAAGGUGAAUUCCCUCGUAUGUACCAUGGUGCAGCAUACCUAAACAGAUAUGUUUAUAUCUUUGGUGGCUCAGAUGGUGUGAAUACCUUUAACAGCGUUAGGCGUCUUGACCCCCUCAAUAAGACAUGGCAAGAAGUUGCUCCCAUGCAUUCAAGGCGCUGCUAUGUUAGUGUAACUAUACUGAAUGAACUAAUUUAUGCCAUGGGGGGAUCUGAUGGUGACCUACGCCUCAACACAGCAGAGAAAUAUGAGCCCAAAGCCAACCAGUGGACUUUGACUUCUGAAAUGCAUGAACGCAGAAGUGAUGCAAAUGCCACAUCUCUGCAUGGAAAGGUAUACAUCUGUGGAGGUUUCACUGGGACUGACUGUUUAUUCACAGCUGAAAUGUACAAUCCAGAAGCCAACCAAUGGACCUUGAUUGCACCAAUGAGAAGCAGACGAAGUGGGCUAGGUGUGGCUGCGUGUGGAGAACAGGUCUAUGCAGUUGGAGGUUUUGAUGGAAAUAUUCCACUUCGCAGUGUAGAGGCCUAUGAUCCCAUUAACGAUACUUGGCGUGCCGUCUCUAGCAUGUUCACCCCACGCAGCAACUUUGGAAUUGGAGUAGUGGAUGAUUUUAUGGUUGUUGCAGGUGGCUACGAUGGCCUGUCAACCAUUUCUGCUGUAGAAUACUAUGUUGAGAAAACCAACAAAUGGUACAAAGCCCAUGACAUGGGUCUUGAGCGCAGUGCUUUUAGCUGCUGUAUCAUUCCAAGCUUGCCAAACAUUAGAGAGUAUGCAGUUUCAAGAGACAGCUAUGUUGGGUUUCAUUUCAGGAGCAAGUAAAAUCUUCAUUUCACAUUAUAUUAUCAUUGUAGUCACUUUUACUGUUUUGUUUUGGUCAAUAAAAUAAAGGAAUA